AGGUGGCCUUUUAGAGCCACCAGUCAUAAAAGAUUACUUGGUGAAAGGGGACCGAUUCACAAAGUGGAGUGAUGACUCGUCUCGCACCUCCCCUGUCAUGAUGAAAAUGGAUCCGAAGGGCUUUUACCUCUACUGGACUCAUCAGAAUAAGGAAAUGGAAUUUGUAGACAUUGCCACUAUCCGAGAUACAAGAUCAGGAAAAUAUGCUAGAAUUCCAAAGAACCCAAAGGUCCGGAAUGUCUUCAACUUGGAUUUUCCUGACAGCCAUCACCUUGCAAAAACACUAACUAUAGUUACAGGCCUAGACAUGGUGAACCUGACAUAUCACAACUUCUUUGCAUACAAGGAAAACAUACCCCAGAACUGGGCAGAGGAUGUUCUCGCUAUUGCUUACAACCCUAUGAGGAUCAAUGCUUGCAGACAGGUCUUUCUGGAGAAAAUAUAUGUCCGUAUCUCUUUGCAGAGAAAUAAAGAUGGCAAGAUACCUGUGAAAAAUAUUUAUAAGAUGUUUCCUGCAGACAAGAAGAGAGUAGAAGCUGCUUUAGCUGCAGCCCAUCUCCCUAAAGGGAAGGGUGACACGAUGAAGCCAGAUGUCUUCACUGAAGCUGCCUUCAAGUCAUUCCUGAUGAACCUCUGUCCCAGACCAGAAAUUUAUGAAAUAUUCACAUCUUACUCUGCCAAGGCAAAGCCUUACAUGACAAAGGAGAACUUCACUAAAUUCAUCAAUGAGAAGCAGCGUGACUCACGACUCAAUGAGACCCUUUUUCCCCUGAUAAAACCUGAACAGGUCAAGAACCUGAUUGAGAAGUAUGAGCCUACUUCAUCAAAUGCAAACAGAGGCCAGAUCUCUCCAGAAGGGCUGUUGUAUUACUUAACUGGGCCUGAAACAUCCACUGUUACUCCGGACAAGCUUGGCAUUUGGCAGGAUAUGAUGCAACCUCUGCCUCACUACUUUGUAAAAUCCUCACACAAUACUUACCUCACAGCGGGCCAGUUUUCAGGGGUGUCCUCCCCAGAGAUGUACCGACAGUGUCUCCUGGCGGGUUGUCGCUGUCUGGAGCUCGACUGCUGGAAGGGAAAACCACCGGAUGAAGAGCCAAUCAUCACCCAUGGAUUCACCAUGACCACAGAAAUCCUUUUCAAGGACGUCAUUGAAGCUAUUGCAGAGAGCGCAUUCAAAACUUCUAAGUAUCCUGUCAUCCUGUCUUUUGAGAACCAUGUUGACUCGGUCAAGCAACAAGAAAAGAUGGCCAAUUACUGCAAGACAAUAUUUGGAGACGCUUUGCUUGUAGAUCCACUUGAGAAAUACCCACUAAAGCCAGGACAUCAAAUACCAAGCCCUGCAGAACUGAUGGGGAAAAUUCUGAUCAAGAACAAGAAGAACAGCAAAGAGGCACCCACCCAUGCGACAGUCAAGAAACCGGCUUCUGAGGACCAACAGCAACCUCCUGCCAGCACAAACCAACAGCAAGAUAGCCCUGAGCAAGACAACCAAGCGUGUUCUGAGGUGGAGGGGCAAGAUCCUUCAAAAGACACGCAAGAUCCUCCAAAAGACAAUCAAGAACCUUCAAAAGAUGUGCAAGAUGACCAGGAAGAGCAGGAAGAUGAGCAAGAUGAGGAAAAGAUGAAAAACUCUGAUGAGGGUACAGCUGGUCAAGAAGUAACCGCCUAUGAGGAAAUGUCAGCUUUGGUGAACUACAUACAGCCAAAUAAAUUCAUCUCUUUUGAAAAUGCCAGAAAAAAGAACAAGAGCUAUUCAAUUUCCUCUUUUGUGGAGACAAAGGGGGGAGACUUGCUCACCAAAUAUCCAGUGGAAUUUGUGGAAUACAACAAGAGGCAGAUGAGUCGGAUCUACCCCAAAGGGACGAGGAUGGACUCCUCCAACUACAACCCACAACCCUUCUGGAAUGCUGGCUGUCAGAUGGUAGCACUCAACUAUCAGACUAUGGAUUUUCCCAUGCAGCUGAACAUGUCUUUGUUUGAAUUUAAUGGAAGGACUGGUUAUCUCCUCAAGCAUGACUUUAUGAGACGGCCAGACAAGAAGUUCAACCCGUUUGCUGAUAGGAUUGACUCUAUUGUGGCAACUACUCUGAAAAUCAAGAUCUAUUCAGGCCAGUUCUUGACUGAGAAGAAUGUGAAGACAGGUGUGGAAGUGGAGCUGAUUGGUUUGCCAGGAGACCCCAAACGCAAGUACAAAACCAAGUGGUCACCCACAGCUAAUGCCAUCAAUCCAGUGUGGAAUGAAGAGCUGUUUGUGUUUGAGAAGAUUCUUGUACCAGACAUGGCGUCUCUCAGGAUAGUAGUUCUUGAGGAAGGUGGCAAGUUCAUUGGACACAGAAUACUCCCAGUCUAUGCCAUACAGUCAGGCUAUCAGCACAUAUGCCUCCGUACUGAAAGCAACAUGCCACUCACUCUGCCUGCAUUGUUUGUGUACAUCGAGGUCAAAGAUUACAUUCCGGAAUCUUUUGCUGGGUUCACAGAUGCUUUAUUUAAUCCUUUAAAAGACAAGCCUGUGAAACCUAAGCCCGUAGAGCAUCAGCCUGAUGCUGAGGAGAAACCUGCUACUGAGACAUCGAGUGAUAAAACUUCUGAAACUCAAGUGGCUCCACAGCCAGAAAUAAACAAUGAUGCAGAUGUUUCUGCCCCAGAGGCUAAAGUUACUCCUAACCCGGUGGAUGAUGCUGCUGAAAUCACAACUAAUAAAUCUACGUCUGUUGAGCCUAUCUCUGCCCAAUCUGCAGAAUCUCAGUCUACAGAAACAGACCCUGCUCAAAUGUCUGAACCUGCUUCAUCAACAGAACCUGACCCUAUUCCUUCCACACUACCUGAUCCUACCCCAUCUUCUGAGUCUACUCCAUCUGCAGAACCUGAGCCUGUCCAUCCAAAUGAACUUCCACAAUCUAUUGAACCAGACCCUGCCCCAUCUACCGAACCAGAACCUCCCCAAUCUACUGAAUCUGACCCUGCCGCAUCUACCAAACCAGAGCCUGUCCAGCCUAUCGAACCUCCCCAAUCUAUUGAACCAGACCCUGCCCAAUCCUCUGAUACUGCACCCACUCCUUCUAGCGAACCUGAAGCUGCCCAAACUACUGAAUGUGACUCUGCCUCACCUGCCAAAACUGAGGUCAUCCUAUGUUCUGCUGUAAUCACAAACACAUCUUCCCCUGAAGCGCCCGCUGACUCCACCAAUGAAUCAACAAGAACUGUUCCAGAGCCUUCAACAACAACAGUUGAAGAGCUAAAGCAGCACAAGAAUUUUGUUAAAACCACCAAGAAACAGGAGAAAGAGUUGAAAGAAAUAGAAAAGAAGUUCCAGAAGAAAGCAGACGACAUGACUCAGAAAUACAGCACUCAGUUUAAGAACCUCAGCAAUGCGGACAAAAAGAGGUGCCAGAGGAAGAAGGAAAGCAGUGAUGACAAGUCAGAUUCUAGUUCAGAGAAAGUAAAAGAACUGAUGGAGAAAUUCCACACAGACCUAAAGGCACUGUAUGAGGAGCAAUAUGAGUUCAUCAAAAAGAAGAAAGAACAGCACGGCUCAGAGCAAUCAACCAAGCUACUGGAUAUAGCAAAAGAUAAACAUGCAAGUGAGAAGAAGGCAAUGAAAGAUUCCCUUGAUAGUCAAACUAAAGGCAUGAAGAAGAAACUUGAAGCAAAAAGGAAUGAAAAACUCAAUGCCUCAACCAAGUCUGGGUUAGACAAAGCUACACAGGAGAAGACAAAAAAGGAGCUAAAUAAUGCCCUCACCGAAGAGGUGGUACAAAUGACUAAAGAGCUGGCAGACAAUAAUGCUGUUCAACAGGAGAUGCUAGAGAAGAAACAAGCUGAUACUCUGGAGGAAAUUAAAGGAAUUACAAACCAGCACAGUGAGGAAGCAAAUGCUGAAUAUGAGGAGAAAAUGAAGUCUCUCCUCAGCCGUAUCCACGAGGCCGUGAACUCUUGUGUUAGUCCUCACUUCCCAGACCAAGCAGAAAAACUCCUGGAAAACAAGGCUGCUGCCAUUGGUGACCCAGAUUCAAGUUGUCAAUAUGGUGAUGUCUAUCUCGGCUAGAGCCACAGUACCUCAGGUUUUGUUUUAUUGGGGUUCUAGAAAAACACUUAUUUAUUGUAAAGUUUAAUAUAUCGAAAUGAACUGACUUGUUUAAAAAUCCUGAGAAACAAAAAAGUCUAUACCGACUGGAAGAUCAGGAGGAUAUCAUGCUUUUCCUUGUUUUAAUCAUGGAAAUGAGAAAACUAUUGAGAAAACUAUUGAGAAAUCAUUUUUAAUAUCUCAAUACCUGAAUGGUAAUAUGUUAUAGAAUAGGUGACAACCUGAUUAAAACUGUUAGGGUUAUACUAUCUCUCUGCUCUACACUCCCUCAGUUUUCAUCUUUCUUUGACCAAAUUACAUUCAAAACCUUGUGUGAUGGUUUUCAACCAAAAAAAUAGAAGCAGCUUUCAAAAAAGGAAAAUUUGCUUUUUAAAACCAUGUUCCAGAUAAUAUGAAAUGAUUACAAAUGCAACUGUUAACCUACUUACAAAAAAGUCUCCCUGUAACCCAUCUAUCAAUAGCAACAAAGCAGUAAAUUACAUUUUCACAGCUCAAUUCAACUUCUAGCUACCUACUGUAUGGCCUUAUUAAUUUAACACACCCCCCCCCCCAUACUUACAUUCAUCACAUUAUCUGGGGGAAAAGUUAAUUAAUCUGGAAAAUGUACUGUUAUUGGUUGACAAGUUCAUAAUCAUAGAGUAAAAUGAUUAGAAAGCAUGCAUUAUUUUUGUUGGAUUCAUAUCUAAAAUUAUUAGAGAAUAUUAAAUAUUUUAUUAUGUUUUCUGGCCAGAACUAGAUUUAUGUACAUUUCGUGAAGCUGUCUGUUAUAUUUGGAAAAAAUAUUUAUUUAUUUUUAAUUUCUUGUUUAUUAUUUCCUAUUAGGUAAAACUACCAAUGGAUUGUAAUGUAUAGGAAUGACAGGAGAACAAUCUUAGUUUCUAUUUAUUCUUGUUGCUUUCAGGAAAGGAAAAGGAUUCUGGUUAAAAAAAAUGAGUUUAAUUCAAAAUAGAAAUAAUUUUUGACAGAGAUUAGAAAGAGGCACGCUAAUUUUGGUAUUAUGGGGUCUUAAUAACACUAUGCACUGUUUUUAUGAGGGAUUUUUUUGUAACUGAAUUCACGAAUAAACAUCAACGCCAAAAACAAUUUAGAUAUUGUAAAUCACACUUUUUGCUUAUCAUCAAGCACUAGGACAGAGGCAAUAAAAGACCAGCCUACUUGUGUUUUAAACAAUUGAAAUCAUGAGCAUAAUGUAUUUACAUUCUUAUUAAUACAGUAGAAUGCUUCAAAAUACUGUACUUAAUAAACAAUGAUAAAGUGUAAAUGUAGGACUUGAUGACAGCUUUCUGUAGUUCCAGUUGACCCUUCCUUUUCAACAGGAAACCCAUUAGAUACCAUGACUGGAUGUUCUAUUGACAAGUGGAUUUGAUUUCACCUCUGAUAAGACUUUAGGUACUAACAAAUAAAUAUUUGUUAGUACCUAAAGUCUUGUCCCGGGUGAAAUCAAAUCCUGAGAAAUCCCAAAAAAAUAUUUUAAAAUAAAUAUUUGACAAAUAUUUAUUUUAAAAUAAGUGAGUCCUGCUAUAAAAGCUUUGUAAUUUUAGGUCACCUGUUGAAAUACAGUUUUUCCAGGAUGCACCACCUCUUUGCAGGUUACUAUGAAAAUGCUUAAACAAUCUGAGCUUUUUUUAAUUGUGUAAAUACACAUUCUGGCAUUUGUUUAAAACAAACACUAAAUUGACUUGUAAGAAAUACGGUACCUGAAAAUUACAUUUCUCCUGUUUUAGCCUUUAAAAUAUUUUCUAAUUAGUUCAUUGCUAUGUUCUGAAUUAUCCUUUGCUAUGGCACUGCAUUUUAAACUACAUUUUAAAGAAAAUAAUCCCAAAGUAAAUAUA